AUGCUCUUCAGAACAUCUGUCAUCCUAUCAUUUGAUCAUUUUAUAACACAGGCAGCAACAGCAUUAAAGUGGGUGAUAUCAAAGAAAACUUUCUUGAAGCAUUUAUUUUCAAUUCAAAAUGGAGUUUUAUCUGGUGUUUGUCAUAAAUCUACAUUUUCUUCUCUUCCAGAUGACCAUAAUUGCAAAGUAAAGCGUACUUUGACAUCUGAUAGCAGGACAAUGGUAUGCUACCACCCUUCUGUGGAUGUCCCAUGUGAACACACACAACCUAUCCCUAAACCAGAUCCUGUGCACAAUAAUGAAGAAGCACAUGAUCAAGUGCUAAAAACCAGAUUAGAAGAAAAAGAUAAACACCUUGAGCAAGGACCCAUGAAAGAAAAACUUAGCAAAAUGUUAUUUACUACUGAGCAUCAUUGGUAUCCUCAUGGACAGCAUCACAGAUGUCGUAAGAAUCUGAAUCCUCCAAAAGACAGAUGA